UGUUCCCUCCACCGCCUCUUUCAAUGUUCCGGGAGGGAACUACAACUCUCGGCAUGCCUUGCUGCCCCCCCUGCUGUUACCAGGCAAAGGCAAACAUGGCGGAGGAGGAGACGGCGGCGGCGGCGGCAUCGGGGGGCAAACCUCUGCUCAUCAGGUCAUCGAGUGUCAGCGUCUUCACCGACUGCGUCCAGCAAGGAGUGCAGCAGCUGCUGCCGCUCAAGUUCGAUAAGAACAUUAAGCAGGCGUUUUAUAACACGGGCGCGUUGAUAUUCGUGGCCAUCUCUUGCGGCGCAGCGGUACUGGUUUACUUUAUCCUGGAAGCGUUUCUGCGGCCGCUGCUCUGGGCCGUACUCUGUGGCACCUUCCUGCAUCCCUUCAAGACCACCCUCACUAACCUGGUGAGGAAGUGGCUGGAUGGCCUGCAGGAUUCCCGCACACCCAUCGUCUUGGGCACCCUCAUGUUGCCCAUUUCCUUCGUCAACCAAGGGGUGGAAGCGUUGGGCAAUCAGGUGUUGCUGAACCGCAAAAUACUGCUUCUGUUGGCCAUGGGCGCGCCUGUUCUCUAUCUCCUCUACUGCUUCAGCACCUGGGUCGGACUGCGACUGCUGCUCACCGACACAGGACGGCUGAUCUCCUUGGGGCUGGAGUAUUUCAAUACGUUGUGGGUCUGGACACUUGUUGUUGGAUAUGUGUUAGCAGUUUCAUUUAAGUGGAAUACAAAAACGGAACGUUUUCUUAAAACAAUCUCUGUUCCAGUUUGGACGGUGCUUCUCUUUUACCUGGCAUCAAUUUCUGGAGCUUGGCGAAUUCCAGUUUUUGUGGUGAUAGUCAUUCUGCUGGCACUGGGGGCAUUUCAGGAAGGGACAGGGAAUGGCACUGGUUUGGAGCUGCCAGGUCAUGUGAUUCAAAUAGUUUUAAGUACCAUUAAUAUGGUAGUAUCCAUGACAGGAUUCUCGAGUCAUCAAGAGGAUCAUCCAUCAAAAGAAUUAUCAGGGUCUGUUGAAUCUAGAGACUUCAGCUCUUCCUCAUCCACCUCCUCGUCCUCCUCCUCCUCAACUUUGUACACUCCAUUAGGAGUACCAAGACCUGGAACUGUAUCAUUUGCAAAAAAGAAGAAAACAAGUGCCAUCUAUUUUGUGAUGCUCAUUUGGGCUAUUGCUGUAGUGCAGAUCUGGUUGAAUCUAUGGAUAUUGGAGCUGCUCCCUGUUCCAGUGGCUGUUUGGGGGCUUAAGAAAUUGGUCCUACGUUUUGGAUUAAUGAACUUUGCAGAGAGACACAUUAGUAGUUAUUGGAAGAUUCUGUCGGCCUUUGUUAAAGACAGACAAGAUGCUCUAGCUCCAGGACCCAUACGAGGACUUGGAAGAAUUGUUAUAAAAGCUGACAGUAAGCUGUGGCAUUGGCUUAAUAAGCAGAUUAUUUUUUGUCUGGAGAAAUCAUUGGAUAAAUUAAUCAGCGUCUUUAUCAUCUUUUUAUUGGUUAUGGGAACAUUACUUCUGGCUCUGCUCCUAACUGCAAAGGUUCAUGAGGAAAGUGUUCACAUGAUCAAAGUCACCAGCAAUCUGAUAAAUGAGACUGUUGCUAAUCAUCCAGAAUGGGCAAACUGGCUGCCCGAGGCCCAGGUGAUACAGAAGGCACUAAAUUCCGCUGCUAACAAUGUGUACCAGUAUGGAAGAGAGUGGAUAACCCACAAGCUUCAUAAGAUGUUGGGAGACAAGAUGAACAACACAACAGUUAUAGAGAAGCAAGUCCUAGAGCUUUGGGAUAGGUUAUAUCAAAAUUGGUUUGUAAAGAAUGUAACUCAUUCUGGAAGGCAUAAAGGGCACAAAUAUACGAUCAAUCGACAGAAUAGUUGGCUUGGAGACAUGUUAGACUGGCAGGAUGUUGUCUCCUUUAUUCAUGAGAACAUUGAGACAUUUCUUUCUAUACUGGAGUCUCUCUGGAUUGUGAUGAGCCGAAAUGUGAGUUUGCUGUUCACAACUGCCACCACCUUACUGACAGUUUUGUUUCACAGUGGUACAGCACUUCUCAACUUCGCACUUUCCUUGGUCAUUUUCUUGACCACACUCUUCUAUCUCUUAAGUUCAAAUGAUGAAUGCUACAAACCAGUGAAAUGGGUAAUUGGUCUGACACCACUUUCCCAGCCAGGCCCUUCUUCCAACAUCGUGGGGCAGUCUGUUGAAGAAGCUAUACGUGGUGUGUUUGAUGCUUCCCUCAAGAUGGCUGCUUUCUAUGGGCUUUACACCUGGUUGACUCAUACUGUAUUUGGAAUCAAUAUUGUCUUCAUUCCAUCAGCACUAGCAGCUACUCUUGGAGCAGUCCCAUUUCUGGGAACUUAUUGGGCUGCAAUGCCUGCAGUGAUAGACCUCUGGUUGACACAAGGAGAAAACUUUAUGGCCAUCCUCCUCCUAGUUUGCCAUUUGCUACCAACCUACUUUGUGGAUACAGCUAUCUAUUCUGAUAUUUCUGGAGGUGGUCACCCAUAUCUCACUGGCUUGGCGGUAGCAGGGGGAGCUUACUACCUUGGCCUAGAAGGUGCAAUCAUUGGACCUAUACUGUUGUGCAUCCUAGUGGUUGCCUCCAACAUAUACAGUGCUAUGUUGAUGAGUCCUUCAACUGCCUUACCAACUCCUUCCCAGACUCCUUGGCCAUUGCAAAUACAUCGGCCUUUUGGGGAUUGUGCUGAGGAAGCAAAGCCUGCUGCUGAGUGACCAAGCGUGUUUCCUUUAUUACUGAGAGGAGUGUUGGCUCUUCUAUCUGUCGCUUUUCUGAACUGAGUUCACAGAAUUGUGGCCUUCCUGUACACUCCAAAGAUGAAUAUUGUAUUAGCUGCAAUUAGCAGGAAGAUAUCAUUCACACUUAGAUGGGCAUAAGAAAUCUGCUUCAUCACAUUAUUUUGCACAUAACUGUAACUCCCGAGGAUACAGUCCAGAGUUUAAGUUUGUAACUCCUGAACCUCAAUCAACCGUUAUCGUUUCUUGCUAUAUUUGAUACCAAGAAAGGUUGAAAUGCAGUUUUUUAUUUAAUCUUUUAAUAUGUUCUAAGGGCUUGUUGCAAUUAUUUGCAACCUUAAGCUGAUUUGAAAACAGAAUAUUAUGCAGGAUGCUAAAGUAUUGAAAACAAGUAAUACUGGUUUGUUUACUUUCAUUUUCAUAAAGGCUUGAUAUAUUGGCAGAUAGCCUGAUUGAGCCUUGAAACUACUUAGCCAAAGUAGUUUUAAUACUUUUAAUACCCUCAAAAAUGAAAACCUAACCUUUCUGCAAUAGAAAAACACAAAAAUGGACAUUUAAAUUUACUAAAUCAUUCUCUAUUUUGUUGUCUUUUGACACAGAAGUGUAACAGUUAGCGUGACACUACUACAGCGCCGGGGACCCGGGUUCAAUUCCGGCUGCUGUCUGUAAGGAUUUUGUACGUUCUCCCCAUGUCUGCGUGGGUUUCCUCCCACAUUCCAAAGUAGUACUGAUUAGGAAGCUGUGGGCAUGCUAUGUUGGCGCCAGAAGCGUGGCUACACUUGCGGGCUGCCCCCAGAACACUACGCAAAAGAUGCAUUUCACUGUGUGUUUCGAGGUACGUGUAACUAAUAAAGAUAUCUUUAUCUUUUAAUAUUCACUCCUGGGUUGGGUUGCAUGCUUCCUGUUGUUUUGAGGUUAUGCUGUGCUUCAGUUUAAUCCAUGAUAAUGAUCUAUUUGCAAUUAUUGUAUAAUUCUAAGUUUGAGGGAGUGGGACGAUAUAAAUAAGAAUGGUAACUGAGAUACUCGGGAUAUAGAGGCAAUACAGUAGGAUUUCAUGAUAUUCUUGCCAUCCAUUUGGAUUUGCCCUUAAUUCCCAUUGAGUACACACUAAAGUUCUUUUGCUGUACACUCAGUAGCACAGCUCUAGCGUUCUGGGUUCAAUCCUGACUUCCAGUGUUGUUGUAUGAAGUUUACACAUUCUCCUUGUGACCACAUGGGUUUCUUCUGGUUUCCUCUUGCACCACAAAGAUAUGUAGGUUAAUUUGCCACUGUAAAUUGUCCCUUGUGUGUAAGUGAAUGUUAGAAUCUGGGGAGAAUAAAUAGAAGGGUGCUUGAUGAUUGGUAGGCAGAUGGGCCUGCUUCUGUGCAGUAUGCCCCUAUGACUGAGCUCAACAUCUCCAGAAAUGCUAUCAGGACAAUAGAGGGAAAAAGAACAGAAACAUUUGUAACCCUCUUACCCAUGGAACAUUUCAGAGAUUGAAAAGGAGAGAACAUUUGUUGGAAAGGGUUUUUCGUCAAUGCCUCCCCCAUGCAAGUUCACUGAUACUAAUUCCAUACCAAAUGUAUAUCACAAUGAAGUCUCUAACCUCAGCACAGAAAUGAUACAGUCCAGAGUUAAAAGGUAUAGCUACUGUAUGUUGGAUUGAUUUCAAUUUUUUUUCUUUCAUGUACGUAGGUUUAAAUGUAUUUAUAGCCUUUAAGUCUGAAAUUUGGAUUCACAUUGCCUUGACUUUGGUAUAGAGCCAACAAACACAUUCUAGCGAACUAAGUAGGGCGAUAAUAAGUGUGAAUGCUUAGUUGUUUCAAUCACAAUUCCAGCACUUGAGUGGAGGUACAGAUGACAAAAUAUGCACUGACAUAAGCUUAAUUUUCAAAAGAUUGACAAAUUUAAGGCUAUUGCAUUAAAGGAUGGGAGGAAUUAGAAUGAAACACCAAAAAUUGCAUAUUUUCAUUUAUAAAUGUUGAAAGAUGAAUACAGUCAUUUCAUACAGAAUGCAGACCAAUGUCAGUUUGUUUUCUUGUCUAAGGGAAUAAAAAUAUGAAAAGGGUUUAAUGAGAUAAUCAGAUUAUUCUGUGAUUUAAAUUAGUAAAUGCUAACUUCUGAUAGGGAAUUUAAUGGUCACAAGUUGAUUUGAGAGAAUUUCAUUCAGAGCUAUAUAGGAAAGUGGAAAAUUAUAGUAACAUUUAUUUUAGGUAUUUCUUAGUCAUCCCUCAUCUUCUGUUUGUAGUCAGACAACAACUAUAAAGGCAUAAAAUCUGUAAACAUCUAUUAUAAUUUAGAACACUUUCAACUGCUUCUAAAAUGGUUGAAUGCUGUAAUUAGGAUACAGGCAGAGAAACUCAUUUACAUUGGCCAUUUUACUGACAACCAAAUGAUUCUAACUGGUAGUUAACAAUUUGUAUGGUACACAAUCUGAAAGUUUUGUAUACACUUUUGAAUAUUUCUGUUUGCAUAACUUAGUUUAAGUGUUUAGAGGUUCACUUGAGCACACUUAAUGCAACUACAUCCCAGGUAAAAUAAAAGCUGUAUUAACAAUGGAUCCUGGAUGAGGAAUUCCAUGCGUGUGUAAAAUAGCAGUUUGACAAUAUAUUGAUGCUUACUUAGGCUUGAUCCAAACUUAUGAAUGUAUUUGUUAUAAAGUUUAGAUCAUAGAUUUAACAUGAUUGACAAUUUGUUUUAUUGUCCUAUAAACAUUAUCAUACAGAAAAAAACAAAUUGUGUUCUCCAAUUAUUUUAUUUGCAAGAUAUUUGCAGACCUGACUAUCUGAAAUCUGUCUUGACUGAAUGGAUUC